AGCAGGGCUGUACAGCUGACUUUCACAAGACCUAUACACUCUUUUCUAGGAUAUAGAUUAAAAAAAAACAAGCAACCAUUGAAGACCAAAGUCUCUACAAUUGCACAGGACAGAGGUGUGUGUGUGUGUGUGUGUGUGUGUGUGUGUGUGUGUGUGUGUGUGUGUGUGUGUGUGUGUGUGCACGUUUAAAGGGAAGAUGGGAUUUCCUUUGUGAAGAGACUUCUGCACUUGUUGACAUCCUGAAGCUACUUCCAGCUGAAGAACUGCUCAGCCUUCAAUAUUGCUGUCAGCCACAGGAAGCUUUGGAUUUCAGUAUUUGUUCUAUCAUUUCUCACCUGGAAGAAGAGACCAGGAUCUCCUCUGGAAGGAACAUAAAAUCUGUGAAGUUUGAACGAACGGCCUUCCCAAGAUGCACCGAAUCUCUCAACUGAUGUCGACCCCAGUAGCAAAUAAAUAUUCUUCCAGGUCAGAUAGUGAAUGUGAUAGAGAGCUGUCUCCUGAGUGCCUUUUUGCAAGAUUUGCCUGUGACUUCCUGGAUGGUGACAGUUCUUUCGAAUGCUGUUCCAUAGAUCCCUUGACAGGCUGCCAUCAUGCCUGCCGCAGGAGUCCCAGGCUCCUCACCAAUGGCUACUACAUCUGGACAGAGGACAGCUUCCUCUGUGACAGCGAUGGGAACAUCACCCUGAACCCCUCUCAGACCAGUGUUAUGUACAAGGAGAACUUAGUUAGAGUAUUCCGAAAGAAAAAGAGAAUCCGCCACACUCUUUCUUCUUUGUUCAACCCCAGAGCCUCUAAAUCGUGGCUGGAUGGAAGUACCUUCGAUGAUAUAAAUUCUUCCCCAAAUGAGGAAAGCUGGCUGGAAGAUGUCAGGAGGCCAGAUAUAUAUCAUCACAAUGAAAAUGGAGAUAAUUUUGACUGUCCUCCAGCUGAGGAGUGGGAGUUGGAGAAGCUUGGAGAGGCUGUGGAAGCCUCCUCCUCAAGCCGCCUCCUAUCACAGCAGCUCAGAGAAAUCUCCCAGGACACCCCUCUUCAGCCUCUUAGGAGAGCAUCUGAACACUUCCAAGAGAACAUUCUGGAUCAUUCAAAACCCUGUCUGAUUCAAGAGGCUUCCUUUCAAGCAGUCCUGCUUGCCUUGUGCUUCAUUAUUUGUGCCUGUGCAAGAUGGCUUCUAGGUGGAGUACUAGCCAAUGUCUUUACAUGUGCAUCAAUGAUAACUACAGCUUAUAUUGUGCGAUCACUGCUUUUCACCUUUGGCAGUUACUUCAGGGCCACCACCUAUGCUCGACUAGAUUCGAUUAAUUUGAAAACCAUUGAGGAUUAUCACUGAUGAAUGUCUUCCAUCGGAAUAUCCAGAAACUGCCCAACUUGCAGUCUACUUGCAAUCAACUGCCUUAUUGGGAAGAAGUGAACAAUUAGUUCAGAAAAAAUUCUAAUUGGAGUAUGGAUUUUAAAAAAAUCUCAUUUUUAUCCAUAAUGGUAAUAUGCUCAUGAAAAUAAUAUUAAUUGGGCUUCCUUUCGCAAACGUUGACAUUUGACAAGGAAUGGACUGGGGAACUUGACAGAGACAGCAUGGGCAAUGAAUGCUUUGGGAUUAGUUCUCAAACAUUAGCUUUCAUUAGAGGAUUCUGUGAGGUGCUUUGAGACACUGCAGAUUCCAGGAUCUAUUUGCAUGUACCCCUGCCUGACUAACCUACUUCAAUCCAACAAUGCAGAUAAGUUUGUGUAAUGAGUACCAGUCUAAAGGUAAAUAAAAACAGCUUGCACAUAAAAAUCUAA